CGUACUCCGUAAACAACUUCUUCGACUUUUUCUCCGACGUUUUCGCAAACAACUCCUCAUUCAAUACCACUUCUCCCACUUUUUCUCAUUUUCGCAUUAUUUACAGAUGUUCGCCCUGGCUUCUUGCCCUUUUUUUUGUUAUUUAGCUAUGAAUCAAAGGACGAAUUUGUCAUUCCACAACCUUCCGACGCGCUCUAGGAAACUGAUCCUAAGCCGGACUCCUUGAACUUAUAUAUCCUUGUACUUCGUAAAAUCUGAUACCUUUCCAUAGUUACGUCCAAACUACUGAUAAUGGCGGAGGAGCCAAGCCUUCCAUGUCAUCCCCAUCUUCUUCCAAAUCCAUAUUCAAAUUCAACUCCAUACCCAAAUCCAGAUCAAGUGUUUCCUGAUGAAAUGAUGAGAGAGAUCUUGUUAUGGCUUCCGGUCAAGUCCCUGAUGCGAUUCAAGUGCGUCUCAAAGCUCUGGCUGUCCAUCAUCCUAGAUCCUUCCUUCGCAAGGGCGUACCGUCGUGGUUUCCGAGGUCUCAUCCUAUCUGAUCCCUACUUCGAAAGAUUGGCACCCACCAAGGAUUUCUUCUAUGUGAGCCUCGAUGGUGGUCAAAUUUCCCACCACCUCGCCGUCGAGCACGACGGUGGGAGGAGUUUGGGCUACACCGAAAUCGUCAACGGUUUGGUGUGCUUCUACUACGGCAAUUAUUCUUGCUUGUACAACGUUGCAACCCGGGAGUCGAUGGAGCUUCCUCGGUCGGAAUAUGGGCAUAGCUCUGCUACCUAUCACCUGGGUUUUGAUCCGGUAGAUAAGUUAUACAAGCUGCUGAAAAUAUGCCCGGUCUAUAGUGAUGAUGAUUACGAUGGUGAGGAUUUACGCGAGGCGACUUGGCUUUGUAACUUGGAUUACUCGGAGAUUCUCACCAUAGGUACGGAUGCUUCGUGGAGACGUAUCGCUCCGGCACCUCGGGAGAUAGUGGAACGAGCCGUCUGCCUUGAUGGAGCCUUAUAUUGGUUGGAAAAUCGGAUAAAAAACGUUGGUGGAUUCGAUGGCUUUCUUAUUGCUUUUCAUCUUGCUCAGGAGAAGUUUGAAUUUGUUCCCACACCGGGAAGACGACUCCCCUACCGUCUACCAUAUUUUGGAACUCGUCUGUCUGCAAUAACUUCGUACCCGCAGGAUGGGGUAAUUUAUAGUCAUGGUGAUGGUGGGUGGCGGGUUGAGCACCGAUUUGAUAUGCCGCAGGAGCCCGACCACGAGUUUUGUGCUGUAGGUAUACUGCCUGAUGGCAAGGUUGUAAUAUAUGAGAGCACUGGUCUUCUCUACUUCCCGGCUCCAUUUUAUUUAUAUGACCAAGUGGAGAAGAAGUUGACGAGGAUUGUGAUUUGCAGAUCCCCUUCCUCCUCAUCACUUGAACAACGAUCCAAACUAUUGUUUCGGGAUGAUAUUUGUGGGUACUUGUCCUAUUAUGAGGAGAAUAUCAUCCCACUGAGUUAUUUCGCAACUCCCUACCCUUAAACAGACAGCAGUACUGCACUUGUUUUUGAUUUUAGAGUUGUUUAAUGAACUAAUUACUGAGAACGGACUUUAUAAUCAAUAAUUUAUGUUAUUUUUCUUUCCUUUUUUUGGUUGACGUAAUCACAGAGGCAGUUUUUACUUAGUAGAGCUUAUUUUGUAACCAAUAAAUUAUCUUUGUUUAUAUUAAUUUCUUGAAAAUAUGAUAAUACUGCAGCUGGUAAGGGUUCGUUCAGAGUUCUGUUCUUUGUUUGCUAAUUCUGUUUAGACUUCCUAUAGUUCACGUCUACCAUCUCAAUUUUCUAGCAGUCCGCUAUCUAGCUAAUCUACCCAGAUAACAUAUAGAAAUGCAUUAUGGUGCCUUCGAUAAAGUAUAAGACAAUGUGGAGAUGAUGCGUAUCAAAUUUAGGUUGGGUUUUGACUGUACCGCUUUGCUGGUAUGGUGCAUCAAAAUUGGAUACUGCCCUACAAGCUAGCUUUGUCUCUGCUGCCUACUUUUAUCUUCUUUUUAAAUCUCUCAAUUAGAUAAUUCUCAGAGUUAAUCAUUGACUUAUAAUUUACCAAUACUGGGAAUGGACCUAAUUAAGCAUGCUUCUUGAAUGUUGUCCUUAAUUUAUUUUUUCUUUAGUUCUUUGCUGGACUGGGAUGUUAAUGGAUUCUCUUUUCAUUAGUCAUUGUUACUUUGCCCACAGAACUCAAUGUUUCUGCUUGGUUUUCUAUAUUGUGUUCUGCAGAAAAGUGAUAAUACAAUGAUUUGCAUGUGGUGGAUGGUGUAAUGAUUUUUAUUUUGUAUUUGGAUUCUGUUAAAACUUUGCUGGCAUUUAUUCUAAUUUUGUGAUUUGGAAAUGUUCCCUACUUGUGUACUCGUAGCUUAUCUGAUUAAGUCAGCUUUAUCCCUGUUAAAGGUUUAUGUUCAAUAUUAGCAAUCAAUCUCUGUGUUCCUAGGAACGUGAAAGGGACUGCUUCUUGCAGUUCAUAACCGACAGUUUUUGCUAUUGCCAGAGGAAAAUAAGAGACAAGGUAUGCCAUCAGGUCUGAGAUUCCUAUGAUUGAUGACAACAUAUGUCAGCGCAACGGACUUUAUUCAGUUCUUGCCAGUGUUACAAAAUCACUUCGUUUUGUUGGUUGGAUCAGUACAGUAUCCAUAUGCUGUGGCUUUAUAACUUGUUUUCUAGUCUUAGCAAACCUACUCUGGCAUAUCAGGAUUAUUGAUUACCUUAGCUAUGUGUUUCACCUUGAAUGUCUAUUGCAGCGGAGUUAAUCCACAAGAAAGCCAGGCACAUAAUCUGUUGCUUUCUUCAACUAUGCUUAAACUUUUGAUAAAUGCAAAUUCUUGGUCUCUGUCUCUUAUAGUUUUUCAAAUUCACUCCCAAACUAUGUUGGCUUUUCUUGACCAGUCUUCAGUUGGCUAUUCCAUUCGAACUUCCUAGAGUUCAUCAGUCGAUCAUGUCAGUGGUCUUAGUGGUUUGCUGACUAACUGAUCUACAGAAAUAACAGGGAUUACAAUUUUACUGGUACGGUACAUCAAAGCUUAUCUUUGUCGCAGUCUUUUGCUUUGUCUUGACAUUAUUUGCUUUCUGCAUUUUAAAUUUGUUUUCUUUUUACAAGCUCUUGUUCAAAUAAUCCUUAAUCUUCAAUCAUUAAAGUUGAAUUUUUUAUUGUGACUUUUCUGGUAUGGUGCAUCAAGAGUGUAUCUUUGCUCAGCGCCUUGCUUUGGUUUGAUUACAAUUUGCUGCAUUUUACUUUUAUUUUCUUUUAACAAUCUCCUUUGCAGACAAUAUUCAGUUAAUCUUUUUUGACUUAUUCUUCAAUUGUAGAGGGCUUUUAUAUUAAUUUACCAAAUAUUCAGUAAUUUACUGUUUACCUAAUUAAGGAUGCGUCUUGAAAGCUGUCCUCUGCAUUUAGUUUUUGUUUCUGUGCGAUUUGGAUGUUGAUGCAAACUCUCAUUUCACUUGAUGUAUGCCUACAGAACUUAAACAAUAGCAGAAUAGCUUUUCAAUUGAUUUGUCUGUCAAGACAUGCCUUGAACCUACAAUAACCAUCAUUUUAGUAGAGCAAUAAUUGACCAAAGGACAAUAAGGGGCAUGCUAUUUUGUCAAAGAGUUAACAUCUUUAAUUGAUGAAAUGAAAGUUGACAACAGAAUCUACUGUUGAAAUAACAUUUCCACCCACACGCUGUUAUGCAGGUGUAGCGCAACCAAAAUGGAGAUCCCAGGUGUGUCUGAGAAGUACAAGUGGCCUUAUUUACAUAUCCUCUUAUCCUACGGGUACGUUUAUGGUAGGAUGGGGGGUACAUGGAUGGGAUUGCUGUUUUAGUAGUUAACCAUUUUAUUCACAGUAUCUGUUGUUGUAGAGCCUAGCAGUAUCUUCCUUUGAAACUACAAUAUGGACAUGCCUCUGAUUCGACUAAGUUGCCAUCAUGAGAAUCAUUACAAUUGUUGAUCCCGGUAAAUUAACAGUGGUUGAUGGAGUGGGUUUUGCAGUAGGCUUAGCAAGGGUAGGUUUGAAUAUGAUAACAUGAGCCUGAAAUAUAUAGACGUUUAAAAGUUUCAUAGACUGGAUGCUGUUGAGGAAGUGUAGAGAAGAAUGAGUUGUGUUCUGGAUGUUUAGCACUUUUAUGAAUUUCUUUCAAUCUAUGGGUGUCAUUCUGCAGUACUGUGGUGGUGGUUAACUCUCGCCAUCUGACAUUGCUUUCUGUUGGCUUCGAUUUACAGACUCGUUGAAAAUUAUCAAGUUAAUUCUCACCAUUCUGUACUGUGCCUCAUGCCAGUUUUGUAACUUGCCCAUUGCAGGCCGUAUGUUUUUGGAGAAAAUUCUAAAAUUAUUAUUAGAAAAAAAGUAAGUCUGUAAAAGGGGUCUUUUGAGUUGGUUAUUCUUUAGCAGAAUGGUCUUCGCAUUUAGGAAAUGUGAAGUCUGUUAUCCUUUUGUUUUUAUUUUUUUGGUUCCGCUGGAUUUAAAAAAAAAAGAAAAGAAAAAUUGACCUUGCAUUCUUACAAUGCGAGCUUCAUUACAGAAGAUCACAUCGGACAAAGUUUUGUCCACAAUUGAAACCCAAAAUUUUCCCUCUUCUCCAAAUCCCACUGAUGAAGCAGAAGCAGUGGUUUCGGGCCCACAGCAAAACUCAAGAAACCCUCCUCGAAGUCAAAAGACCAAAAUGGAGGAGAAAGAAAAGAGAACUUGUUCAGCCCCAGGUUCAGAUCAGCGGCAACAAUGGCUGGCUGGGACUAGGAGGCUCUUAUGGUGGUUGCUUCUUAAGAGUUGUUGCUAUUGAUCUUGAGGAAGAUGAGCCAACAACAGAAUCAGCUAUACUCAGAUCAGGGGGAUUCUUUCUUUUUCUUUGAUUAUCUUAAAUCUUUCUUUUAGAUCUUUCUGAUUUCUCGGGUGCGUUGACUUUUAAUUUUUUUGAAUUAUUAUUGUGAUUAGAGACCAAGAAAGAUAUGACAGAAUGGACAACUAUUGGAGAUGAAGAGAAGAAAAGAAGCGGAAAUGAAUUUGAUGCACAAGGUUCGAUUGUUUCCCCUUCUAGUUCAGCUAUUCUAUGCAUCGAUCGACUUCGUGGGGAGCUUUCUUGCACUGUAAGAGCCACAAAACUGCUGUCAUUUGAUAAUACCCCUGUCUGAAGUUUCUUAAGUAAGGUGAAUUUGGAAACUACAUGAUGUUCCAAUAUGGUACUGUGAGGAGGAUUUCGAAGAUAAAAAUAGAAGCUCAAUGGUGCACAAAACUCUUAAAUGCAGUGAACUUGUUGAAUGCAGGCUAUUGAAGCUGGUGAUGGCCUUUUGGCAACCGAGGCAGCAGAUUCAAGACCUGAUAUCAAACAUAUCAUGCUCAAUUUGGUGAACAUCAUCAGCGAUUGGGUGUAGUCUCAUUACUUUUUUUUUUUUUUUAAAUCAAUAAUCAAAGGAGAAGGGCAAUUUUGCAUAAUACUUGUAAUGGCAUUUCCAUUGUAAAUUUGUUUCUGCAAUUAUAUUUGUAUUGUAAAGUAACAAAACUACAAAGACAUUAUGAGAGGUCAAAAUUCUUGUCCAGCUUCUAAUGAAUGCCAUUAAAGAAUAGAAAGGGAACCAAUGUUCAAUGAUAUGGUUGACAUAACUUGAUUUGUUGUAAUUGAGAAAUUGGCACUUGAGCUUAGUUAUUUGACCAA